AUAAACCACUUAGUUCUCCCUUUAAAGAUCGCUAUAUGCUGGGAACUUCUGACAAUUAUACUACUAGAAUUAUAUUCAGUGACAAUGUAUAAUUUUGAACAAUCAGCAGGGAACCAACGGGUAUUUAAUGCUCUAGUAGGUCCCUCAGAGACUACACGCGAUCCUCGUAAAAUAUUUACGAGAAGAUAUAGUCCAUGAAAUAAAAAUACAUUAAUUCAUUCAUUUAGUAACAAUAGUUUUAAUUCAAGGCGCAAGCUCUCUAUUUAUAGCUUACGUAACCAUUAUUCAACUUCUAGUAAAGAAGAUAAUACGAAAAAUUUAGUAGCUUUAGCUGGGGUAGCUCCACUAAAGAUAUAUUAUCAAUUUAAAGAGGAUAGAUCUUCUAUUUUAAAAGAACAAAAAGAUAAAUCAGGGAUUUACUGUCUAAUAAAUAACAUAAACGGGCAUUCUUAUAUAGGUAGUUCUAUUAACUUAGCUUCUAGAAUGAAAAAUUAUCUUAACAAUACUUUUUUAAAAAGUAGACAAAAUGCUAAUAUGCCCAUUGUAAAAGCUUUACUUAAGUAUGGUCAAUCUAACUUUACUUUACUAAUAGUGGAGUAUGUAGAACCCCAGGUUUUAACUGUUAGAGAGACUUAUUAUAUAACAUCUAUAUUGCCUUAUUAUAAUGUAUUAAAGCAAGGUUAUUCUUCUUUAGGAUAUAAGCACACAGAAGAAACUAAACAAUUAUUAUCUGAAUUGGCUAGUAAUAGAGUACAUAGUGAUACAACUAAAGGUUUAAUUGCUAAAGCUUUAACAGGUGAAAAUAAUCCUUUUUAUAAUAAAAGUCAUUCUAUGGAAAGUAAAGUAAGAAUGAUGGAAGCUAAAUCAGCUUAUCCUGUUUAUAUUUAUGAUUCCUUUAAAAAUUUAUUGGUUAUUUUCCCUUCCGUUUCGUCUUUAGCUCAUUUAAUUAAAUCUAAUCACCCUACUAUUGUUGAGGCUAUAAAAGAGCAAACUAUAUUUAGAGGUGAAUGAUAUUUUACCAAUAUACCUUAUAAUAUAAGUGAUAAUCCUUUAAUUUCUAAUUGGACUGAUAAAGAAUGUAAAGAAUUAAUAUUAGAUAUUAAUAAUAUGAGUCAUAUUAGAAAAGGAAUAUUUGUGUAUGAUACUAAUAAAAAUUUCAUACGUAAGUAUGAAGGAGUAACGGAUGCACAAAGAGACUUAAAUAUUAGUCAUAGUACAAUUAAAAAAUAUGCUAAAAUAGGGGGUUGUUAUAAUGGUUACAUAUUUAGUUAUGAAAGAUUAAAUGAUUAA